GUUGAAACCCUUUUAACCAGAGGGGUGGGGAGCCGGAGAAUAAAUCAGGGUUCAAACUAUAAUCAUAUUCAUGAAGAAGUACAAUUUAAAAAAAACAAGAAGGCGGCAACAGGCGAGUGAGUUCUUUGGAGCAGUGCAAGUCGGGAAUGUCAAGGUUGCCAAGGCUGUGUUGGAGAGAGAACCGAGUCUGUUGUACGAAACAACCGGAUGUCAUUCCUCUGCUCUUCAUAUUGCUGCUGGUAAUGGCCAGGUCGAGAUUUUGUCGAUGCUGUUGGAGCGACAUCUGAAUCCAGAUGUGGUGAAUCGAUACAAGCAAACUCCGUUUCUGUUUGCUGCAAUUUAUGGGAAGGUGUCCUGUUUGAAAAAGCUCAUUGAUUUCAGGGUAAAUAUUACAAUGUGUGAUACCCUUCAGGGGAGAAAUUGCUUGCAUUAUGCUGCCUAUUAUGGUCGCUCCGAUUGCCUUAGAGUGAUAUUGUCUGCUGCAAAGACUUGCCCUUUUGUCAAUUCGCAGCAUGGAUAUUCCGUGUUUGUGAAUAAAGCAGAUUAUGUGGGAGAGACCCCUUUGCACAUAGCAGCCUGUCGAAGGUGGCCUGAAUGUGUACGGAUCUUGUUAGACAAUGGUGCUCUUGUUUCUGCUUCAACUGGUGUAUACGGCUUGCCAGGGGACACUCCACUUCAUCUGGCAGCUAGAGAGGGGUCUCUGGAUUGCGUUGGGCAGUUGCUGGCAUGGGGUGCGGAUCGACUUCGACGAGAUGCGUCUGGGAGAACACCAUAUGAAGUAGCUUUAAAGCACUACCAUAAUGCAUGUGCAGCCUUGCUAAAUCCUUCAUCACCAGAGCCUCUAGUGUGGCCUGCACUUUUGAAGUUAACCUCCAGGGAGCUUGAUGAAGGUGCAAAGGCGCUAUUAAAACAGGCACUGAUGGAGGCUAACAGGGAAAGGGAAAAGAUUAUUUUGAAGGGAUUCGGUGGCUCACUUCCAUCAGCCUCACAUUCUAAUGGUUCCAAGAUAUUUGACACUAUUUAUGAGGCUAUCAGUGAUACAGAUGUAUGCUGCAUAUGCUUUGACAAGGUUUGCACCAUUCAAGUUCAGGAUUGUGGCCAUCAGAUGUGUGCACAAUGCACACUGGCCCUCUGUUGUCACAACAAACCCAACUCUACAAUUGCAUCUAUAACACACCCAAUAUGCCCCUUUUGCCGAGGAACCAUUGCUCAGUUAGUGAUGGCACCCAAGUUAAAAGAUGACCAUGAUGCUGAUAACAACACAAUCGGCACUAGAUCCUCAAAACUAAGAAACUCAAGUCAGGGGAAGCAGCAGCUUUAAGGGCUGAUCUGAAUUUUCCCAUGUGUACAUGCAUGCCUGGUUUAGAUUGCAGUGCUCUGAAUUUUCCCAUUUCUGAUGUAUAGCAUAAGAAAUCUCAUUGUUAGAU